CCAGUAGGGCUUCCAGGAAGUGAAGGCUUAAAGGGUGAGAGAGGUGAGCAGGGACCAAGGGGGAAACAAGGCCGCCCAGGUGAGAUGGGCAUGCCUGGACCACAGGGAUACAGAGGAUCUCCUGGUAUCCAGGGUAACAUUGGACCAUGGGGUGAGGUUGGGCCCCGUGGCCUUCCAGGUAACCAGGGGCCACAAGGUCCAGUUGGCCCACUUGGAGUUCCAGGUUACCCAGGUAAAGAUGGACCUCAAGGACCACCCGGAUCAGCUGGUGUCAAAGGAGAUAAGGGAUCCAGAGGAACUGUUGGGCAGGAGGGAGUUGCUGGUCUCGAUGGUGAGGAGGGUCCACCUGGACUGAAGGGACCUGAGGGGCAAGCUGGACAGAAAGGCAUUUUUGGUGAAAAGGGAAGCACUGGGCCUCCUGGACAGAAAGGGCCAAAAGGAGCUGAGGGCAACAGAGGCAACAAAGGGCCACAGGGUGCAAAGGGCCCACCGGGGAAACAGGGAUACAGGGGUUCACCAGGAGACAGAGGAAAACAAGGAGUUACAGGGCUCAAGGGUGAGCCAGGCACCAAAGGUCCAUCAGGCAUGUCUGGACCGUUCGGACCAGGGGGCGACACUGGGGCAGCAGGGGCGAAAGGCCAGAAGGGGCUGCGGGGACACACUGUUAGUAACACAUGA